AUGUCGGAGGGAAACACAUCCUCAGAGUCGCACAUCCAGGAUGACAGUGAAGAAUUCCCUGGAGAAGAUGUGUUCGGCUUUGGUGAUGAUCUGGAGUUAAACCAGUUUGAUGGAUUGCCCUUUUCCUCUCGUUACUACAAACUUCUGAAAGAGAGGAAGAGUCUGCCUGUUUGGAAGGUCAGGUCCCAGUUUAAAGAUGCUCUGGAAGAAAACCAGCUGAUUGUUGUGUCAGGGACAGCCAAGACUGGGAGGAGUACACAGAUCCCGCAGUGGUGUGCAGAGCUCUGCCUGUCGGCCCAGUACCAGCACGGGAUGGUGGUGUGCACACAGACCAAUAAGCAGCGGGCCGUAGACCUGGCCUUACGCGUGGCUGAUGAAAUGGACGUAAACAUCGGCCAUGAAGUGGGGUACACCAUCCCUCUGGAGACCUGCUGCUCCGCAGACACAGUCCUAAGAUAUUGCACAGACGACAUGCUGCUCAGAGAAAUGAUGUCCGACCCUUUCCUGGAGCACUACGGGGUCGUGAUCGUCGACCAGGCCCACGAGAGGACGGUCGGCACGGACGUCCUCCUGGGCCUCCUCAGGGACAUCCUGCUGCAGAGGCCGGAGCUCAGGGUGGUGGUCCUCUCCGUCCCGCCCAUGACCGACAAGCUUCUCAAGCACUACAGGAGCGUCCCGCUGAUCAGCCUGGAGGCGCCGGGCUCUGCGGAGGUGGUCCACAGCUACAGCAGCAACAAGGACUACUUCUACUCGGCGCUGAGGCUGGUGCUGGAGAUCCAUCGGACCAAAGAGGGGGGAGAUGUCGUCGUGUUUCUUGCCUCAGACGAAGAGGUCCAGUGUGCCUACAGCAUCCUCCAGAGAGAGGGCACCAGACUGGGAGGCGAUCUGGACCAGAUGGUACCCAUCAUCAUGUGCUCCAGCUAUUUAGGACUGCUGCCGAACCUGGCCGAGCAAGCAGGCUCCGCAAAGUCCAGACGAGUGUUCCUGUCCACACACCAGGAGGAGGACGUGUGGUGGCCCGCCGAGUCGGUCAACUUCGUCAUUGACACGGGGGUUCAGAGAAAAAUGGUCUACAAUCCCAGAGUAAGAGCUUUUUCAAAGGUUCUUCGGCCCAUCAGUCAGUGUCAGGCAGACAUACGCAAGCAGCUGUCAGGACCAACAGGUAAAUGUUUCUGCCUCUAUCCAGAGGCGAGUCCAUCGCCUGCAGAGACUUCCCCACAGAUCUUGGAGUCCAACAUCACACCGACAGCUCUGUUCCUGAAGCGGAUGGAGAUAGCCGGCCUUGGACAGUGUAACUUCAUCGACAGACCAGAUCCCGAGGGUCUCAUGCAGGCGCUGGAGGAGCUGGACUAUCUCGCAGCUUUAGACGACGACGGCAACCUGUCUGAGAUUGGCAUCAUAAUGUCUGAAAUCCCCGUGGAUCCUCAGAUGGCCAAAGCUCUGCUGGCAUCGUGCGAGUUCGACUGCGUGAGCGAGAUGCUGACGAUCGCAGCAAUGCUCUCAGCGCCAAGCUGCUUUCUGGAGCCACCUGCUGGUUCGGCCCACGAGGCUCUGCAGUGCCACAGGAAGUUCCAGCACCCCGAAGGCGAUCACUUCACCCUCAUUAACAUCUACAACGCCUUCAAGAGGAGCCAGAGAGAAGAAUAUUUGACCACUGAGAAAUGGUGCCGGGAGUAUUUUCUGGAUUACUCUUCACUGAAAACGGCCGACGCCAUCCGCACAGAGUUGACCGACACCCUAAACCGGAUCGAGCUCCCCAUUUCUGAACCCUCCUUUGGAACGAAAACCAACACUCACAACAUCAAAAGAGCUCUGCUGGCUGGCUUCUUCAUGCAGAUCGCGCGUGACGUGGACGGAUCGGGCAACUAUUUCAUCCUCGCACACAAGCACGUGGCCCAGGUGCACCCGUUCUCCAGCUACGGGGCCCAGUCGCACAAGCUGGGCCUGCCGGAGUGGGUCGUCUUCAACGAGUACACGCUGUCAGACAACAACUGCAUGAGGACCGUCUCUGAAAUUUCCCCUCAAGUGUUCAUUCAAAUGGCCCCGGUGUACUUCUUCUACAAUCUGCCUCCCAGUGAAAGCAAAGACAUACUGCAGAGCAUGCUGGAGCCAGAGGGAUCCAGGAAAUGCAAGGAGAAGAAACGGGCCGUGGCCAUCAGCAGCGACGCCAACAGCAGCUGCACGGCGUUGACUCCGGCUUACGACAGAUGUGUGAUUCAGUAAAUUCAAGUCAUAAAUGCAGGCUGCGAUUUUACAGUCAAAUGCCAUCGUUCUUGUAAGAUAUGCGGUCAGAAAUCCAGAUGCUGAAUUAAUU